AUGUGGAGACGAACAUAUCUGCUGCUCUUGCUGAUCCGGAUCUACUUUGCCCUUUCGCCCAGCUACGUGCAUCCCGAUGAGCAUUUCCAGAGCCUGGAGGUAUUCGCCGGUCKCAUCUACUCCUACCCCUCGCAGUUGACCUGGGAAUUCACGUCCGACAACCCCAUCCGCAGCGUCUUCCCCCUAUGGCCCGUCUACGGCUUACCCAUGAACUUGGUGAAAUGGUUCUACAACGAAACGGGACUUGGUAGCAGUCCGCCUCCACAACUGAUAUACUACAUUUUGCGAGGUGGCAUGUUUAUUCUCAGCUUUGUGCUGGAGGACUGGGCUGUUUACGAGUUGGUGCCGACCCCGAGAUAUCGUGUUCCCACGGUGGUGUUGGUGGCCUCGUCGUAUGUCACAUGGACGUAUCAGACGCACACUUUUUCGAACUCUCUGGAGACGCUGUUGGUCACUUGGGGGUUGGUUCUGAUCCAGCGUAUUGUGGAGAAUAGAAAACGCUCCGCAUUUUUCUCUCCGGCCGUGCUAUCGUUGGUCGUAGUUCUGGGUGUGUUCAAUAGAAUCACAUUUCCAGCAUUCCUUUUGAUACCUGGGCUUCAGUUAGUCCCGCAUUUUAUACAAAGACCAUUUUCGUUCGCUGUACUGGCUGGAUGUGGCUCCUUCUUUGCUGCAAUCGCCAUCCUCACUGAUACCAUUUUUUAUCGCUCCUCAUCUUUCAUCGAGAGUAUUCGCCAUCCGGUAAUCACCCCUCUCAACAACCUAAUAUAUAAUUCCAACAGCCUGAACCUGGCCGAUCAUGGCCUUCACCCUUUCUACCACCAUUUCCUCGUGAACCUCCCACAACUCAUGGGCCCAGCUCUCGUGGUCCUCGUGGUUUCACUAUUCAUGAAACCAACCAUCAGAUCAUCUACAUUCUACAACCGACGCGCCAUCGCCGCCAUAUCGGGCACCAUGAUCCUGUCCGCAAUCCCACAUCAAGAACCGCGGUUCUUACUCCCAUGCGUCCCUUUGCUGUUAACGUGUAUCCGACCGCUGAAAACGCGGCCGUUUCUCGUGUCGUGGAUUGCAUUCAAUGCGAUUCUCGGGUUUUUGAUGGGCGUUUAUCAUCAGGGUGGCGUGGUACCAACUCAACUCGCAAUGCCAUCUGUAAUAUCAUCUACAAUGGCCCAGCGCACCCAAACCAAUAACAUCAACGUAACCGUCUUCUGGUGGAAGACCUACUCGCCUCCGUUGUGGUUACUAGGUGAUAACAGCGAGCUACAAGCCGAUAUCCAAACGCACGAUUUGAUGGGCAUGCGAGGACCCGAUAUGAUCAAACAGAUCGACAGCCUCGUCCCAGCCUGUCCUUCUCUCCUCUCAUCCAGCGCGAACAACAACAAUCUCGUGUUUCUCGUCGCACCUCGCUCAGCCACAUUCCUCGACACAUACACUUUUUCCACAUCUGCGGAUACAACACUCCACAUGACAGAACAAUGGACAUAUACAAACCAUCUAAAUCUAGAUGACAUGGACUUUGGCGAUGAUGGGUUCGUUUCGACGAUUAAGCGUGUCGUUGGUCGGAGAGGAUUGACGGUUUGGUCCGUUGAGAGGAUUGGAUGUGUAUAA